AAAGAUCUUCAUCAAUUAAUUAUAUUAUUAAUAAUCAUCAAAAUGCCAGCCAAUGUCGGAACUAGAAGAAAAUUGAAUCCAAAUCUUAAGAAGGGAUAUGUAGCUCCACCAGUUGAAGAUCAUAUCAUCAUUGAAGAGGAUCAAAAGCAAAAAUCACAACAACAACAACCUGUAAAAACAAAGAAGCAACAACAACCAAUUGCUAAUACUUCAUCACCAGCAACCACUACUACCACUAACAAGGUUGUUACCAAUGCAAAUGUACCAACAACAACAACAACAACAGCACCAAAAGCAAAGAAUGUAAAAUCAUCAUCAGAAUCACGUUUUGAAAAGUACGAAAAACAACAUGAAGCCUUCAUCAAGCAAAUGGAAACAUUCAUGAAGUCCUUCCUUGAUUUUGAAAAGGAGAGAUUGGCCUUCAUGAAAGAACAAUUCGGAUCAAAGAGUGUUGGCACAACCACCACUACACAAACAACUGUGGCCAACAAUAAGAAGGAUAACAAGACAAUUACAGCCACAACAACAACUACACCAACAAAAACUACAACUCCUCCUCCAACUAACACAACUGUUAAAACAACAACAGCAACAGCAGCAACUACUACUCCUAAGAAAAAGACAACAGAACCAACCACAACUCCACAAAAUAAUACCAAUGUAACAUCACCAAAAUCAACCAAGAAUGAAGCAGCAAAGAAUAAGGAUCCUGCUGUUGAUGCUUCUCCAACUAAGCAACAAACCAAGAAGGCAACAACUACUACUAGCCCUACCACUACUGCCACUACCACCACUACAACUGUACCAACAAAGAUUAGAGAAUUGACUGUAACAAAAGAUGAAAUUUUUGAUAAUCUCAAAGUUGUCUAUGUGAGUGGUGAAAACAUCAAGGCAAUUGCCGAGGCUAAUAAGGUAUUCGAUACUUUGGAAAAGAAGGAUGCUGUAUAUGGAUUUGACAUUUUGUGGAAUGCAAAGGAGGAAAAGACAAUUAACGAAAGCCCAACCGAAACUCACAUCCUUGUACCAAUCAGACUCAUCUUAUUGGCUAAUCAUGACACUGUCUUUGUUUAUAGACCUCCAACUGCCGAAGAGAUGCUUGCUGAAAAGAUUGAUAGACCUCUCCCAGUAGCUCUUUACAAAAUUCUCACUCAAAAUCAAUGUGUCAAGGUUUCAUUUAAUGCUAUUGAAAAGGUCAACUACUUGUACCAUAAUUUGAACACUACCUAUGUUAGUCAUGUAUCUGAUAUCAACUCCCUUUUCGUGAAGGAACCAUAUGGUUCUGCAUUGGAUAUGUUAAGUAAGGAAUUGGAAUUACCAACAGAACAAGUUUCCAAAGAGCUCAAAAUGAGACAUAAUAUUAAUUAUAGCAAGGAGCUCAGUAAUGGCCAACUUGUCACAGUUGCCAAGAGAUGUUGGUUGGAAUUAAGACUUGUUGAAAAAUUCUCUGAAAAACAAAAAACCAAGACAAAUCUAUUUGACUUUGUGACCAAAAACAUGAAAAUUGAAGAUUAAAUUUUUACUUUUUCCUAC